AACUGCACGUCUCCUUCCCUGGGAGCCAUGGCAGGCUGGAAAUACUUUCUGGGGUCAGCCUUGGCCGGAGCAGCACUGCUGACCAUCGGGAUCUUGCUGGGGCACUACGCCAUCCCCAAAGAGACGUCUUCCCCCAGCUGGAUCAGCAGCAUUGUCAGGGACCUGGAUCCAGCGAUCUUGGAGGAUUUCAUGAACCAGGUGGAAGCUGCCAACAUCCGAGAGAACCUCAGGAAGCUGUCGGCAAAGCCUCACAUGGCGACCACUAAGGGGGACCAGGAUCUGGUGAAGCUCCUCCUGCAACGCUGGAGCGACCCGGAGUCCGGUCUUGACAAGGCCACGGAGAUCCAGUAUGACGUCUUUCUGUCCUUCCCAGACCCAGAGAGACCUAACAGGGUCACUGUGGUGCUGGAAAACGACACUCAGGUCUUUGAGUCCAGAGAGACUGAGGAAAACCUCACUUCAGACCAAGGAGAUCCGGACAUAGUCAAGCCCUAUGCAGCUUAUGGACCCCCAGGGAUCUCCAAGGGGAAACUGGUCUAUGCUAACCAAGGCAAAAUGAGUGAUUAUGAAUUCCUUCUUAAUCAGAAGAUUGACCUCAAUGGCACAAUUGCCAUCACUCGCUAUGGAGGAGCCGGCAGAGCUGCCAAGGCAAUCAAUGGGGCCAAAUUUGGUGUCAUUGGAGUGGUGGUGUACACAGAUCCUGCAGACAUCAACGACGGCAAAACUUCGCCCGAGGAGACCUAUCCCCAUUCAUGGUACAUGCCCCGCUCUGCCGUAGAGAGAGGCUCUUACAACAGCCAUUUUGGAGAUCUUCUGACGCCAUAUUUUCCUGCCAAAAAUUUCACCUACAGGAUUCCAGAGGACCAGAUCGUUGGGAUUCCUCCGAUCCCCACCCAGCCCAUCGGCUUUGAGGAUGCCAAGGUGCUAAUCUGUAACCUAGGUGGACCAAAAGCAGGGGCUGCGUGGCAAGGAUCCUUGGGCUGUGAUUAUCACCUCGGACCCGGAUUCCAAGAAAAUGGGAGUUUUCCUAACACCAGCGACGUCCAGGUGAAUGUCCAUAACCAGAGACAGAUCAAACCAUCUUCCAACGUUCUGGGGGUGAUACAAGGAAGUGUGGAACCAGACCGAUACGUCCUCUACGGGAACCACCGGGACAGCUGGGUGCACGGAGCUAUCGACCCCAGCAGUGGGACAGCCGUCAUGCUUGAAAUCACUCGUAUUUUGGGAAAGAUGGUGAAGGAAGGAAAGUGGCGCCCACGAAGAACCAUUAUUUUUGGCAGCUGGGGUGCUGAAGAGUUUGGUCUCAUUGGUUCCACCGAGUAUACAGAGGAAUUUUUCAGCAAAUUGCAAGAGAGGAGUGUGGCCUAUAUCAACGUGGAUAUUGCUGUGUUUGCUAAUGCUACUCUGAGGGUCCAAGGCACACCACCAGCUCAAAGUGUAAUUUUUGCAGCUGCUCAGCAGGUCAAGACCCCAGGAGAUGCUUCUGUAUCAGUCUAUGAAAACUGGGAACGCCAUUUCAACAGAAGUAGCUCAGUUUAUGGAACAAUCCCCAGCUUAGGGUCUCUGGGGGCUGGAAGUGACUUUGCCCCUUUCGUCCACUUCCUGGGCAUCACCGCAAUGGACAUCGCUUACACCUACGAUCGGAAGAAAACGUCAGCGCGCAUCUACCCUGCCUACCACACAGCCUUUGACACCUUUGACUAUGCAGACCGAUUUAUUGAUCCAGGAUUCACCAGCCACCGGGCCGUGGCGCAAACAGCCGGCAACAUCUUGCUGCGCUUGGCAGAUGCCUCAAUUCUGCCACUCAACGUGAGCGACUACGGGGAGGCCUUGCAAGACAUGUACGACACAGCCGAGCAGGCGUUCCAGGAGUACCUUCUCAGCAACAACAUCUCUCUGGACCCGCUCCGCAAAGCUGUUCUUCACUUUCAGUCUGCAGCAGCCGGUCUUAACCAGCGCAUCGCAAGCUUGCAGGACCAAGACUCGCCUAGCCCUCUUGCUCUGCGGAUGGUGAACGACCAGCUGAUGCUGCUAGAAAGGACAUUUUUGAACCCGCGAGCCUUCCCAGACAAAUAUUAUUACAGCCACGUCAUCUUGGCCUCCCGAUCCUCUCCUGUUGCUACUUUCCCGGGCCUUGCCGACGCCGUCGCUGGUGCCAAAGAUGAGGACAGCUGGGAUAAUGUCCGUAAACACCUAACGGUGGUCAUACAAGCGGUAGAAAACGCCGCCGCCUUUCUUGAACCCGUGGUCGAAUGACCGGCAUCGUCUCUGGCCCUCCUGGGAAGCAUCAUUGCAAAAGGCCAGCUUUACGCAUUCUAAAGGAAUAAAUGCUUUGCAUUUUACAAACA